AUGCUAGGGGACUCAAGUAGUGUGCUAGCAACCACAGCAACAACCCCUGGUGGUGGUGAAGGAGGAGCAGGUAACAGGGAAGCUCCUCCGUCAACUGGUGGCCAUCAUGAAGGCGGCAGCAAUGAUGUUGGAGGUGAAGAAGAUAAAGGAAUCGUUGAAGGUGAGCGGAGUUUCGGAGGCAACCGGUGGCCAAGACAAGAGACUUUGGCACUCUUAAAAAUAAGGUCCGACAUGGAUGCUGCGUUUCGUGAUGCUAGUGUUAAAGGUCCUUUAUGGGAGGAUGUUUCCAGGAAGCUGGCAGAACUUGGUUAUAAUCGAAGUGCAAAGAAAUGCAAAGAGAAAUUCGAGAACGUGUACAAGUACCACAAGAGAACCAAAGAAGGCCGAACUGGUAAACAAGAAGGCAAAAAUUAUAGGUUUUUUGAUCAAUUAGAAGCUUUCGAGAGUCAUCCUCCUUCACUCUCAUCUCCGCUGCCGCUGCCGCCACAACCACCCAAGCCGUCUCAUGCUCCAGCACUCACAACAACAGCAAUGCCAGUGGUUAAUCCUUCUCCUAGUGUUGUUGGGGCUUCUCACCUUACUGUUCCAUCAACAACAGUAGCAGCAUCACUAGCUACAAACAUGUCUCAAGGCAAUGUCACUUCAGCAAUAAAUCUUACAGUUCCUUCAUUUCCUUCAACAAACCCUACAAUCUUGCCCUCGUCACAAGCAACAAACCCUACAAAUCCUCCUCAAACUAAUAUCCCAUCCUCUUUUCCAAACUUUUCCUCAGAUCUCAUCUCCAAUUCCACUUCUUCAUCGACAUCCUCGGACGUGGAACUAAGAGGGCAUCGUAAGAGGAAAAGGAAAUGGAAGGACUUUUUUGAAAGGUUAAUGAAGGAAGUGAUCCAGAAGCAAGAGGAGAUGCAGAAGAAGUUCUUGGAAGCUAUUGAGAGACGCGAACACGAAAGAAUGAUUAGAGAAGAAUCUUGGAGAAUGCAAGAAAUGACAAGAAUCAAUAAAGAGCGCGAAAUUUUAGCCCAAGAAAGAUCCAUAGCGGCAACUAAGGAUGCUGCCGUAAUGGGAUUUUUGCAAAAAUUAUCCGAACAGCAAAGUCCUGGUCAAGUGCAAAAUAAUCCGCCAGCAUCACAGACACCCCCGCCGCCAGCACCCCGCCCGACAUCACAGCCGGUACCGACAUCAACACCAACGCUGCGGCCGCCGCCACCACUGACAGUGGCACAAACGCCACUACCACAACCGUUGGCUAAUCUGGACAUAAUGAAAUCAGAUAGCGGGGAUCAGAAUUUUUCGUCAGCAAGCUCUUCUAGAUGGCCUAAAGUAGAAGUCGAAGCUUUAAUUAGCCUAAGGACUAAUCUUGAUUGCAAGUACCAAGAAAAUGGACCUAAAGGGCCACUAUGGGAGGAGAUCUCAGCUGGGAUGAGAAAGCUUGGUUACAACCGUAAUGCAAAAAGAUGCAAAGAGAAGUGGGAGAAUAUCAAUAAGUACUUCAAGAAAGUGAAAGAGAGCAACAAGAAAAGGCCCGAGGAUUCGAAAACAUGUCCAUACUUUCACCAACUUGAUGCUUUAUAUAAAGAGAGGAACAAGAUUGAUGGUCCGUCCAAUAGUACUCAUAUGAAGCCUGAAAAUUCAGUGCCUUUGAUGGUACGCCCAGAGCAGCAAUGGCCUCCUCCUCAACAAGAACACAGACCUGACUCAGUGAUGGAAGAUUUGGAAAGUGAUGAUCAUCAAAAUAAUUACGACGAAGAUGACAAGGAUAUUGAUGAUGAAGAUGAAGAUGAAGCCAGUGGCUAUGAAAUUGUAGCAAAUAAACAAACAUCAAUGACCAGCUGA